AUGAACCGUCAACAAAAGCGCAAAUUUGACGACUUUCUCAUUCAAAAUAGGUCAGGAACUCAGAAGACCGCCGAUGAGAUGAUCAAGGCCGCACUUGACGACCAACUAAGCGAACUUGCUGAGAAACGAGGAGAAGAUCUUUUCCGGGAGGAGCAGAAGAGUGCGGCAUUGGAGAAAGAACGUGAUGAAGCUCUCAACAGGGCAAAUCAAGCAGAGAAAGAAGUAUUAGAAUCCAAGGAUACGCUCGAGAAGGUCGACCUUAUGAAGAAACAUCUUGACAACAUACUGGCUAUCAAGGAGGCCAAGAUCGCAUCUCUCGAGUCGCAACUCGCCAACAUUAAUGCCCUAUUGAGAGAGGAUUCGCCCGUCGUCUGA